CCUUGAAACCCCUCCUCGUCCUCUUACAUCUUUGCUGCUGCACGCCCCGUCGACCGCGCGCAACUCUUCCGAUCAACCGCUGAGGACGACAACCAUCAUGAUCUCUUCCUUUCGCCUUGACGACAAGCACCUUCCGAUUUGCCAUCAAACCGGUACAUCUCUUAGAUUCAGCAUCUGUUCAGAUAUAUAUAUCACGUCGACAUGAGCUUCAACGAUCUCGAAAGAGGGAUGGGUCCCGGGAGUUCCGGUCGAUCAGCCGGCGGCCCAUCUCAGUCCGAAGAAGAGCAAGCUUUCACAAAGCUCAAGGACAGCGUCUCGAUACAAAUCUUCAAGAUUCAAAGCAAUGUACAGGGUAUCACUCGGCUGGUGGACAAGCUGGGCACGCCGCAGGAUAGUGACAGCGUCAGGACGAGUCUAACCAACUUGACCGAAGCGACUCGAGCUAUGGCCAAGCGUACGACGGAAGACGUUAAGAAGCUCGCAUCUUGGCCAUCAGAAUCAUCAUCGGGGGGCCCUUCCCGGAAACCUUUGCAGUCGAAGAUCUCGAAAGACUUUACGACCGCGCUGACGGCGUUCCAGCGUAUCCAGAAGGUAUCGGCAGAGCGACAAAAGACGAUGGUGCGGAAAGAGCAGAAGAAGCUGGGCGAUAUGGUUGAGGAUGCACAGGUCGGGUACGAGGACGAUUACGGUGGUGCCGAUAGCGAGCGGGAUGGACUGGUGCUACAGCAGGUGCAGCAGCAACAACAACAGCAUAUUCCGCCAGAGCAACUAGCUUUCCAGGAGUCUCUGAUUGCCGAGCGAGAAUCCGACAUUCGAGAGAUUGAAGGUGGCAUUCACGAGCUGAACGAGAUCUUCCGGGACCUAGGCAAGAUCGUCGAGGAACAGGGUGGCAUGAUCGACAAUAUCGAGAGCAACAUUGUCUCUGUCAACAACGACGUUACCUCUGCGGGCGAAGAGCUGAGAACGGCUCACGACUAUCAGCGAAAAGCCGGGCGGAGGAUGCUGUGCCUGAUGCUCAUCCUCGCCUUUGUGGCUGCUAUCGUUCUUCUGGCCAUCCUUUCUUGAUCAGUUCAGCAUUCUCAGAGCAUUCCCGUCUCGAUCUCCACGUUGUAUGCAAGCCUCGGUCUAUUGGUAUAUUUGACACCCGGCAAACAUCCACAUCCUCCUUGAACGGGUGCACCUAAUACCUCCUGGCAACGACUGGCCCACCAACCAGCAUGUUCAGGUCAGAGGGGCGAUUCGCCGCUUGGCCUUGAUGUGCAUCAAAAACUUCGCUUUGGCUCGGCCUGAGUUUCCUGGCAAAGAUCCUUUCCACUAUACUGUCCGCGACAGUGCUAUAAGGAGAUAUGAGCAUACUUUCUUGCAUGGUGU